AACGGUAGGCAAGAUGAUUUAUAAACAAAAAAUGAGCUUAGAAAAUGCCAAUUAUUCUAUUGAAUAUUGAGUUAAAAGUUUAUUAAAAUUGUAAAUAUUUGUGCUAUAUUGUAGUUAAAGUUGUAAUAAGCAUAAAUUAUAGUGCGCAACCAUGGCAUCGAUAAGUGUUCGUGAUCCAAAGCUCGAGCAGCAGCGCCAAAUUAUGGAGCAGAAAAUGAAGCAAAAGCGUCAGAAUUCUGGACUUGUUCAGGCUAACGAUUUAAGGGUAGGCUCCGCCAAACGACCUAUUUCAGGCAGUCGAUCACGCGAGCUCCACGGCUAUGAUGGUCCGAUGCAAUUCCUUAUGUCUCCAGUUAAUCCAGACCAAGUUAUACCCCUCCAAACAAAUAGAAUAUCUACUUAUGAUGAGCUGGGCAAUCAAAUAGAAGUACUAACGGUUGGGGAUGGUGAUGGAAGUGGCGAGGAGGAGGAGGAGAGUGUACCGGUGUGCAGCAUGGGCCGUGACGUCAGCACCGACGACGUGUGCGCAGACGCCGCCGUCGCGCCCAUGCAGCCGCUCAAGGCUAAACGGGACACCUCGCCUAGUCAGGUUGCAGAAAUAGAAGGAUCAGUAGAAGGCGCAGUGGAGAGCUUCGUAGUGACACCAGCUAAGCACGGCACACUCUACAAGUGUCGGAUAGCGCGUGACCGCAAGGGCAUGGACAGAGGGCUCUACCCCACAUAUUUUCUUCAUUUGGAGAAGGACUACGGAAAGAAGGUGUUUCUGCUGGCUGCUCGUAAACGCAAAAAGUCAGCGACAUCCAACUACUUAAUAUCGACGGAUCCGACCGAGCUGACUCGUCAGGCCGACAGCUUCGCGGGCAAGCUGCGAUCCAACCUGCUGGGCACUGCCUUCACUGUCUAUGACAACGGCAAGGCGUGGCGCAAGCAUGACCACUCGAAGACACGACACGAGCUCGCCGCGGUCGUAUAUGAUACAAACGUGCUAGGUUUCAAGGGUCCUCGGAAAAUGACAGUCAUCCUGCCAGGAAUGACUCCGGACCGCCAGCGCGUGACCAUCGCGCCUCAAGACGACAGCGAAACGCUCCUAGAGCGGUGGAAAGCGCAGAACCUCGACGACAUCGUAGUCCUACACAACAAAACACCAGUUUGGAAUGACGAAACGCAGUCAUACGUUCUGAAUUUCCACGGAAGGGUGACACAGGCAAGUGUGAAAAAUUUCCAAAUCGUUCAUGACUCUGAACCGGAUUACGUCGUCAUGCAAUUCGGUCGCGUUGCAGAGGAUAUAUUCACAAUGGACUUCAGAUAUCCACUAUGCGCGCUACAGGCCUUGGGAAUCGCUCUCAGUUCGUUCGACAGCAAACUGGCUUGUGAGUAAAUUAACUACUUUUAUAUCAUUUUGUCGUUCUUUUUAAGGUGAAAUUAUGUUUCAUUUACAUUCCAAUUUCAAAUUAAUUUCUAAGGUUUAUUUAUUGCUUUAUCCGAUCUAAUAGGCAAAGAUUACAGAUAACGUGAGACAUAGAUAGGCAACUUGGUAGAGAGUGUUCACGUUUAUCGAAAUGACAAUGAAGAUGUUAGUUAGCAAAUGAAUGUUGAAACUAAGCGCACAUAAUUUAAUUUCGGUGCUUGUAUUGUAGGUUGUGUUACGUUCUUGUUUUGUCUAUGACAAUGUUUAAAAGUAAAAGAGCUCUGGUAUAUAUGAAGUCACUAUAUAAGCCUGAAGUUUUCCCAUGAAAUCAUGUACAAAUAUUCAAUUGGAAGUUUUAUCGUGUCCAUGUUAGGACUUCAACCAAAGUGUCGUAGCAAAAGUGUUAUUUUAUUCCUAUAGUAACACUAUCAAAGUUAUGGCUCAGUGAUUAGUGUCAUUUUUAGCUGCCAGGCUGCAAGUGUAUUUAUAAAAUGGACUAAAUGUAUGUGCAAAAUAUAUUUAGGCUGUGGCCAAUAUCUGCGUUUAAGUUGUGCAGUUGAGUCACGCUAAAAAAAUAAUUCCUUUCUUAACUUUUUCAUUUUGGAAGAAAGUAACAUGAGGUACUGCCUUAAUAAACGUUUCUACAAACUUAUCGAGUAGGAUUGACAGUUGGUUAUAAACACCUUUAUGUGGCAUGGUAUAAGAAAACAAGGUAUUCUAAAUUUAAAAAAAGCUAACGUCAUCAUAGUGUUACCAUUAUUCGUAUCUCAAAAAACUCCAAUAUAAUUAUUUAAAAUUAAAUGAAAGGGUAACUAAUGUAACUAUUUACUUUCACUUGCAUCAUUUAUUAUCUUCAAAACCUAAGUAUCUUAUUGGAAGUUCAAAAUUACUUCGUUAAGUAAAUUAAAAACAUUAGCUGUGGGUAUUUUAUUUUUCACACUGGCAACGUAUAUCUUGAUGACGUCAGUAUUGAUUAAGGACGUUGCGUCACUAAUAAGAAUAGUCUGUUCUUAUAUACUAUGGUUUAUGGUACUGGGGCGCUAAAAACAUCAUAGUCAUACAAAAAUUACCCCGUUUAAAAUACUUACUUUCACGUAGCAAUAAGAAGGAAUUGGCAAUGGUGCAAAUUCUGGCCAACACAAAUUUAAUCUAAUUUUAAUCUGACAGGUCUUAAACUAGUGCUGUCCUUCGCUUACAAUAAGGACAAGAAAGAGAUAGAGCUAGUUUUAGUCCUGUGAAAUUAAGUUGGUGGUUAAUCGGCACCAAAAGUUAAUUUCGUUAAGAAACUAUGUGCCGACACGUGGUGGAAGACAGGUGCGGGGGAAGCGUCGAGCAGAGCAGUAACAAAUGACGUAAGCCGCCCACAUGAGUGACGUCAUGGGCCGGAUUGUAUAGGUGAACGCGCACCUAGACGCGCCGCAGAAAUCGCACGCGCCGAUGUAAUCGCAUUUUCCGGUAAAAUGCGGGUCGGGCGGCGCAGAUAGGUGUGCGACGUUGCAUACGAUUUCAUACUAAGAUUUAUAAAAUGCGAUGACUUCAGCGCGUGUGCCUUUUGUACACCUUUUGUAUCAGAGCUACAUGAGACUAACUUCUCUUUCUUAUUGUCACGUACUACUCCAAUGCUAGAACAGAAAUUAUGUGACGUUAGACAAACCCAGAACACAAAUCUCAAUUGUUUUCUAUCCUAUCUUCAAAAUGGCUUUCCUCGUACUAUAAAAAUACUAAAUAGACAAAAAUAAAUUUAUUUUCUAGUAAUAUUCGACCAGCUCACAAUCAUGUACAAAAUAUUUUUUAAGGGAAUUUUUAAUUACUUAAUUUAAUACUAUGGACUAGUCAUUACAUGUAUAUUUGUUUGUAUUUAGUUCUAAAAUUAGCUACGCGUGAGUUUUACACGGUAUUUUAUUUAGUUUGCACAAUUUUAAUAUGAAAUGUUUGAUGGCUGUUUUUAACAGUCGCUGUCUCGCCCAUGAUUACAAAACCGAUAAUGGUGCUAAUUCCUGUAAAUACCAUCUAAUUUUAUUUUAAGUUAUAUCUGUCAUUUUCUUAUCCGCCGUAAAGGAAAGGGACGGGUAAUCGACAAGCAUAAAAUUUAUGGAACACACGUCAAUUUUAAGCACAAAUCUAAACCAACCGUCUAAAAAUUUUACAUCCGUCAAUAACCCGACACAGUUAAGCAGACAGCACGUCAAACGGAUUGCAUACCAGGGACGUACCUUUUGAUUCGCCCGGGUUAUUCAUUCAUUUACUCAUUCUUCUUAAAAUUAAGAGCUGUGAAUCAUCCGUCCCUUUCCUUUUCGACGGAUAUGAAAAUGACGGAUAUAACUUAAAAUAAAAUUAGGCGGUGUCUGCAGGAAUCGGGGCCAAUAUAUUACUAUAAUUAUGUAGUCUAUGGUCUGAAUAACGAUUUAUCUUAGUGAACCACUGGUGUUGAUUCCAGUACACAACAUCUAAGUUUACUUUAAGUUAUACCUGUCAUUUUCUUGUGCACCGAAAAGAAAAGGGACGGGUAAUCGACAGGCAUAAAAUGCAUGGAGAACACGUGAAUUUAAGGCCGAAAUUUAAAAGACCUUUUUUUUGACGUUGGGAAAUGCGUUACGCAUCCCACGCCGCCCGGGGGAACGACGUGGUUAUGUGGGACUCCCCGGGUGUCGCCACCCGGUAUACCCACUAAAACCCAACGGUGUUCCUCCUUGCCGCCGUGAAAAUUGUGUAUUGGGCAAUAACCCGACAGAAUUAAGUUGUCAGCACACGUCAAACGGAUUGCAUAUGAGCGAGAUGCCUAUUUUAUUCGCCGGUGUUAUUCAUUCAUUUUAAAAUUAACAGUUGUCAAUCAUCCAUCCCUUUCCUUUUCGGCGGAUAAGAACCUACACCUCACCGAGCUUUCUGAUAGACCAACGUGAUAAAUGGUGAGCCGUAUCGCCGUAUAUAAUAAAAUAAAACAUAAAUAUUAUUAUCACAUAUUUAUAGUUCAUAUACGUAUGUUUGUCUAAAAAUAAAAAAAUAAAAUGUAAGUCUCUCCUCAAGUAAGUUAUUUUGACCCAGCCACAAACAUAUAUGUAUAUUUUAAUAUAUAAGCUCUUUUACAACAAAAUUCACAUUAAGUUACUUUAUAUCGCCAUAAAACACCGUUCCAGUAUUAUUUUAAAAUUAUUAUUAUUUGUUAUUACUCUGACAAUAACUUCUCUGUCCACUGCCUUCAAUUUCAUAUUUCCCCUUUUUCUUUUAAUAAAAUAUUAAAUAAACAAAAAAAUAAUAGAUAAGUAUAAUAAAUGUGUGCCUAUAAUAGGUUAUGUGUUUAGAUAGUUAAAAAGGGAACUAUAAAAUGAAAUUUGUAUUAUAGAUAAAAUUGCGUCAAUAAUCACGAGCUUGUAGAUAUGUAUGUGUGUAUAUUAGGAAUGGGUAUUUUUGUCCCUAUAUAUUGUUCUUGUAUUAACAUAGUCCGAUUUAAAUUGUUUAACAUAAUAAUAAUAUUGUAUGUUAAUAUCAAAGGUAUUUGCAUUUAUUGGAUAAUUAUAUCAAUUGUAUAUUGUGUAUUACAAUCUGUCAAUUACUUCUAUAUCUUUUUAACCGAUUGCUCGACGUAAAGGAGUGUUUAUCAGCCUGUACAAGUUUCUUUGUUCUUAUGUGAGGCUCUAGAGACAAAACACCCACCUUUUUUUCAGUGUUAGUCCAAUGGUGGUGUUUAUGUCUUCACAAAAUUGACAGAUUUUAUCAGAUUUACCAUUCAACUGUAUAUGCCAUACUUUGUAUUUUUUACGCACUAUAGAAAAUAAAAUCGGUGUAUUGUGCCUUUGGUAAAGAUAGGUUAAAUGUGUGCCUUUUUGAUUUUUCUCGACGAUUCUGGAAUUGUACCUGAGAGUUUACCUACGCUGGCUAUCUUUAGUAAAUACUAGGGUACAAAAAAACAAGGUUUUAUUAACAGACAUUUUUCCUUAAUUUUGGUACCCGAAAAUAUAUGCUUGAAUCAUGUUACGGGGUGAAUUACAUAGUCUUCUUGUACCCUGGUAAAAUGCUUUUUACACCCCUAUCCUAGAUGUGUGUCGGAGCUUUAAACAAGCGAAGCUGUGUAUAGAAUGUAGUUGGUAGGUGAACUUAUAGUAUCUUAUAGUUAAGUACUCACUACUCCAACAGAUGUCCAUAACGUUUCUACUGACUAUGAUGAUCGUAUUAUUCCUAUAAUAAAUGAAAUAUUUUUAAGCCAACUAUCUUAA